GCCGCAUUCGCUCCGCGGAAGAUGACCGAGAGAGAAGUUGGAGAAGAAACCGAAGAAUCCCGAAGAGACGCUGAGGAGAUCCGGCGGCUGCAGCUCGUUCAGCAGAUUAAAGUUGUGUUUUGAAGGUAAACGCGUUCCCGGUUCCGUGAAGAUGGACUCGGCUCCGGUGGAGAUCGACGGCAGCGUGAUGGAGGGAGGCGGACAGAUCCUGAGAGUCUCCGCGGCGCUCAGCUGCAUCACCGGGACCUCCGUUAAGAUCUCCAAGAUCCGAGCCGGUAGGAGCUCCCCGGGGCUCAGACCCCAGCACCUGAGCGGCCUGCAGCUGGUCUCAGAUCUGUGUUCUGGAGGUCUGCAGGGAGCCUCCAUUGGCUCCACCGACAUCAGUCUGACUCCAGGAAAGAUCCAGGGGGGGAACCACACAGCAGACCCCCAGACAGCAGGGAGUGUGUGUCUGCUGCUGCAGGUAGCUCUACCGUGUGCUCUCUACGCUGACGGGCCGUCCCAGCUCUGUCUGAAGGGAGGAACCAACGCAGAGAUGGCUCCUCAGAUAGACUACACCAUCAAGGUGUUUAAACCAAUCGUCGAGAGGUUCGGCGUCCAUUUUGAUUGUGACGUCAAAAUGAGGGGUUACUACCCUAAAGGUGGGGGGGAGGUGAUGGUGACGGUGAACCCGGUCAAAGAGCUGCAGCCCGUCGUCAUGACGGAGAGAGGAAACAUCACCAAAAUCUACGGCCGCGCCUUCGUCGCCGGCGUCCUGCCGUACAAGUUGGCUAAAGACAUGUCGGCGGCUGCUGUUCGAGUCAUCAGGAAGGAAAUCAAAGAGCUGUACAUCAACAUCUCUAACCUGCAGGAGAAGGAAAACGCCUGCGGGAGCGGCAACGGCAUCAUAAUCAUCGCUGAGUCGUCAACAGGUUGUGUGUUUGCAGGUUCAGCUCUGGGGAAGAAAGGUGUGUAUGCAGAUAGAAUCGGUGCAGAAGCUGCUGAGAUGUUGCUGAGAAACAUCCGACACAACGGCUGUGUGGACGAGUUCCUGCAGGACCAGCUCAUCAUCUUCAUGGCUCUGGCGAAGGGAACGUCUCGGAUCAGAACCGGCGCCGUCACACUGCACACACAGACAGCCAUCCACAUGGCCGAGCAGCUCACACAGGCAAAGUUCACGAUAACUAAAUGUGAAGACGAGCUGAGCAGCGAAGAGUCCUUCAUCAUCGAAUGUGAAGGAUCAGGAGCAGCUAACACACACCUGUAGACACACACACACACACACACACACACACACACACACACACACACACACACACACACACACACAGAUACACACA